AUGGUUCAAUCGAAAGCUUUGAUCUUCAGCGGUAUUCCGGAUGGUUUUCCCGUUCCAGGAAAAGACCUCGUCGUCCAGUCAAGCGAGGUAGACAUCUCAAAAGCCCCGCAAGGCGGGGUCGUCCUUAAAGUCAUCUUCGUUUCUAUCGAUCCAUACAUGCGCGGACGAAUGCGCGACGCCAGCAUUACAAGCUAUAGCCCUGCCUACCCAAUCGGCCAGCCAAUCGAAGGUGGCGGUAUUGCAAAAAUCAUUGAGUCCGGGAAUGAAACCUUUAAAAAGGGCGAUAUCGUCAGCGGUCUCAUCACACACUCCGAAUAUGCGGUCUAUUCGGCCGAGCGAACUGCAGCCAGCAAUCUCAAGGUCUUGAAUAACCCUUAUAACUUCCCACUCCAACGGUUCACCGGUGUCCUUGGAAUGCCUGGUUUGACAGCUUAUGCCUCGCUAUAUGAUAUUGGAGAGCUACAUAAGAACGAGAAGGAGACGAUAUUUGUUUCGGCGGCAUCAGGGGCUGUUGGCUCUUUGGUCGGACAGUUGGCCAAGAGGGAAGGAUUGAGAGUUGUUGGGUCUGCAGGAUCCGAUGAGAAAGUCAAGUAUUUGAUCGAAAAGCUUGGAUUUGAUGCGGCGUUUAAUUACAAAAAGGAGUCACCAAAGGAGGCCCUGGCGAAGUAUAUUCCUGAAGGAUUGGAUAUCUUUUAUGAUAAUGUUGGAGGAGAAACAUUGGAAGCUGCAAUUGAUAAUGCAAAGCCAUUCGCUCGUUUCAUCGAAUCUGGGAUGAUCUCACAAUAUAACCGAAAAGCGGGCGAAGAGGCUUAUCCGAUUAGAAACCUCAUGAAUAUAGUCACAAAGAGACUAAAGAUCCAGGGUUUCAUCGUCGGUGACAUCGCUGGAAAGUACCUUGGCGACUUUUAUAAGAAUGUUGGGCAAUGGUUGCACGAUGGAUCGAUCCACUACAGCGAGGACGUUACUGUUGGAAUUGAUAAUGAGGCAGAAGGGCUAGUCAGCAUGUUGAAAGGCGGGAAUUUUGGAAAGGCUGUUGUGAAGUAUGCUGAUGCUUAA